CUUAGAAAAAUAGCACUGCUAAGUAUAGUGUCUUUCUAUGCUUAGGUUGAAAUGAUUUUAGUACUAUAGAGUAUAAUAGUAACAAGAUAAUGUAUGUAUGUUUUAAAAAAAGAAACGUUGUAGAAAAAAAAGAGCAGAAGAAAACGGAGAUUUUUGUUUAUUUUGUUUUUAAAAGUUUAAAAAUUACGGAUCGUCGUCCACCAAAAAAGUUUUUCCCUUUUUAUUAAUUUUUGAUUUUCUUCUUCUUUCUCUGUUGUUGUUUCGCAGCCGUUUCUGCGAUUCUGAAACUCCUAAAUUUUUCUUUUUUUUUGAUUUCAGAAUCGUAGCAAUGGCAUUCCCUCUUUAUUUCUGAUUCAUUCUUUUUUUUUUCUCACUCAUUGCGUAUAACAAAAAAGGGGGGCUCACUUUUUUGUUUUUGUUUUCUCUCUGUCUGCAUCCAAAGGCAUAUGGCCAACUCGCCACCAUCUUCGUCGCGAAACCCUCCUUCGAAGUUGGUGGAUUUUUGUUGGUCGUCUCUUCUCGUUAGGGUUCCUCCUCCAACCCCCACAUAAUUUAAUUCAAAAAAGAGUCUGAUCCCGGAGGUGAUCUUCGAUUCUCGGAUUUGUAUAUUUUUUCUUUUUUUUUGGAGAAAGCAAUGGGGAAAGGUUGGUUUAUGGUAGAUAAAGCGAGAAGAUGCUUAAGGACGCUCUUCUUCAUGGUUGCCAUGUUGGUUUCUCUUUUGGUUUCGUCCUUGCCUGUGCUUGUAGCCAUCGGCGACGUCUUGGUUCCCACCUUUUUGCUUUCGAGUUUCACCUGUUUGACUUGCUACGGCUUUAAGGAGCAUCUUACUCGAUACGCUUUCAAGAGCUCUUUGACUGAUAUCCCUCUCGUCUCCCUCGUCAGAUCUUUCUUUCUCAUAUGUGUUUACUCUCUCUCUGAUGCUCCUGCGGUGUCGCACGGUCCUUACCUCGGAACUGUAUCCAUGUGUUCUGUUGUUUCAAUUAUCCUUCUUUCAGUUAAAGCUUGCGUUUUUACUGCUAAUUCUCAACUUAUUGCGGAAGCCUCGUCGUCAUCUCCCUCAAGGCAACAACGACUCCAUCUCAAAAAGUCUUGGGGGAUGCCUGUUUUGUUCCUUUCUUCUCUGGUUUUUGCUCUUGGUCAUAUGGUUGUUGCUUACAGAACUAGUUGCAGAGCUAGGAGAAAACUCUUGUAUCACAACAGAGUUGACCCUGAAUCUGUUCUUUCAUGCAAAAGUGUCUUAUCUGGGGGUUACCAUAAAGUCCCACGUUCUCCCAUUCCUUUGGUAGGAAAGGCAUCGAUCUUGGAAGGACGAAAGUUGCCUUCUUCAACAUCCCAUGAGGAAGGAGAGCUCCCUGUCAGAUUGCUUGCUGAUCUUGAAAGCUUAUUCAUUAAUGUCAGAGGGCUCACUCUGCAUUACAAGAUUUGCACACCUGGUUCUCCUCCUCCGCACUCCAUCUCCUCAACUCUUUCUCUUGAAACCAAUUCUAUGCUUAAUGUACCAGAGGAAAUGGCGGGACGGUUGAAGCUUGACAGGAGUUUAUUGAGCAUGGUCACAAGAAACAAGCUCAAUCAUCACCACCACCAUAGGAGUUAUAGCAGUCUGUUCAACAUUUCCUCUUCUUUGCACGACCCUCUGUUAGAUCCUCCUUCUUCUCUUCUUUUUAAAGAUAUUCAGGAAGAUGGGUGUCGAGAGGAUGACAUGAAUGUGUCCAGUUUUGGUGCCACGAAACAGCAAAAUGUGGAUGGAAGCGGUCAAUUUGGUGUGGUGUUUGUCCAUGGAUUUGGCGGAGGAGUGUUUUCUUGGAGACAUGUGAUGGGUUCUCUCUCCCAUCAGCUUGGAUGUGUUGUCACUGCAUUUGACAGGCCUGGAUGGGGAUUAACAGUCAGAACUCAUAAAAAGGAUUUGGAAGCUAAAGAGAUGCCAAACCCUUACACUCUGGAAAAUCAGGUAGAUAUGCUUCUUGCUUUUUGCAAGGAAAUGGGAUUUGCUUCUGUAGUCUUGGUUGGCCAUGAUGAUGGAGGUUUGCUUGCUCUCAAGGCUGCACAGAGAUUGGUAGAAUCAAAAGAUGUUUCCAUCAAAGUUAAAGGAGUGAUUUUGCUUAAUGUAAGCUUGACGAGGGAAGUAGUUCCAGCUUUUGCAAGAAUACUUUUGCAUACAUCACUUGGAAAGAAACACCUUGUUCGCCCGCUUUUACGCACUGAAAUAGCUCAGGUGGUGAAUCGUCGAGCUUGGUAUGACCCAUCCAAGAUGACAACAGACGUCUUAAGGCUAUACAAGGCUCCACUUCAUGUGGAAGGUUGGGAUGAGGCACUUCACGAGAUAGGCAGACUCUCAUCCGAGAUGGUGCUUCCACCUCAUAAUGCAUUGUCACUUCUCAAGGCAGUGGAAAAUUUACCAGUAUUAGUCGUUGCUGGAGCAGAAGAUGCACUUGUUUCGCUUAAGUCCUCCCAAGUCAUGGCUUCAAAACUCGUAAACUCCAGGCUAGUAGCAAUCUCAGGAUGCGGCCAUCUACCACAUGAGGAGUGUCCCAAGGCGCUUCUUGCAGCCAUGUCCCCAUUCAUUAGUAGACUUGUACCUAGUGGAGUGAGUGACUGAGUGAUCACUUCUUGUUGUCUUAGCUCUCAAUUGAUAGUGUUUGUGCCUUUUUUUGCCUGCCCUAAAAGGAAAGAAGUUGGGGCGAUUUAAAAAAGGUCUUAAUAAAUUUGUGUUCAUGAUAUAUGCAGAGUUAUAGUAACUUUCUCUGUUAUUCUCAUUUGAGUUUUAUCAUGGUUUUUGGAGUAUUCUAAUUAUUUUCCAAUAGGAAUACGUGCA